ACUGCCCAACCGUCUCACUGUUGCGUCAAUUGCCAUCGCAUGGCCGGGGCAAGCGCGCAGCCCGCGUGGGCGCAGGCGCUCGCGGCGGUGGGCCUCCUCGUCGCGUCGCGCGCCGCGGUGCGUCUAGCGCUGUGGCUCUACGCGGCCUUCCUCCGCCCUGCCAAGCCGCUGCGCCGCCGCUACGGCGCCUGGGCCGUCGUCACGGGCCCCACGGACGGCAUCGGACGCGCGCUCGCCUUUGAGCUCGCGGCCGCGGGGCUCAGCCUCGUCCUCGUCGGCCGCAGCCCUGAUAAGCUCGCCGCGGUCUCCAAAGAGGUCAGGGCCAGGCACCCCGGCGCUGGGGUGCGCACCUUCGUCCUCGACUUCGCCGCAGACGGGCUCGCUGCCAACGUGGCGGCCCUCGCUGAGUCCAUCCGGGGCCUCGACGUCGGCGUGCUCGUCAAUAACGCCGGCCACUGCUACCCGUACGCGCGUUACUUCCAUGAGGUUGACGAGGCGCUCACGAGGAACCUGAUACGCCUCAACGUCGAGGCUCUCACGCGGAUGACGCACGCCGUGCUCCCUGGCAUGGUGCAGCGCAAGCGGGGCGCCGUGGUGAACAUCGGGUCCGGCGCCGCCACCAUCCUGCCGUCCGACCCGCUCUACGCCGUCUACGCUGCCACCAAGGCAUAUGUCGAUCAAUUCUCACGAAGCCUAUAUGUUGAGUACAGGAACAAAGGUAUCGACGUGCAAUGCCAGGCACCCUGGUACGUUGCGACGAAAAUGGCCUCGAUCAGGCAGGCGUCCUUGUUUGCCCCGUCACCGGAGACGUAUGCCCGUGCCGCCGUGCGCUACAUUGGGUAUGAGCCCCGGUGCACGCCUUACUGGGCGCACGCCCUCGUGUGGUUCCUCUUCACGGUCGUCCCUGAGCCCAUCGCGGACAAGUAUGUCCUUGGCGUGUCCCUCGGCAUUCGUGACAAGGGACGCGCCAAAGAGGCCAGAAAGAAAGCCAUGUGAGUGGCAUGCGCGGUGAAAGAAAGGCUCAUACGCUCUCAAAGAUCGGCCCAGAUGAAAUUCUGUGUGUUAAAUUCUACAUGCCAACUGUAAUAAGAUGAAUGAUUGCGCAGCUAUUUCGGUUGCCAGUCAUCUUAUAUUGAUGCUCUGACAGUGUGUAUUGUGCUUGCACUUACCGCGUGUUUCUUGGAUUUGGAUGGCAUAUAUACCAUCUUGUUCCUUCUAGCUAAUAAAAGGUCGUGCUCCUUCCGAUC